AUGCGUUUUCAAAGUACUUUAGGGCACUAUGCCCUUUCCUUCGCCGUGCUGACGGGCACGGCUGGAGCCACUGCUGGUGUGACCUCUCCGCCAGAGAGAAUCAGGAGACAGGCGUCAAUCACAGCUGUGAGUGCAUGCCAUAUGCACCAGACGGUUCAAUACUGCAUGGUGGGAACAGCCGAGUAUCGCAUCCUGGCGACUGCAACCACAAAUCUGCCGUCAUCCUACACGGACUGCCACGCCCAUGCUACCGAGACGUGGUGCAUGAAUCCCAACGGUGGCGAGGUCGAGGUUACAACCGCCUCGCCCACUCCAACUGCUGCCACCAGCAGCACGAGCAUUACGGCCGUCACGGACUGCCACAUGCACGGUACCGAAGUCUUCUGCUUGGCCGACGCCACAGAGUACAGAGUCGACACAACCGUGACAGCAACACAGGACCUCCCGCCUGCCUACACUGACUGCCACAGCCACGGCUCAGACACAUACUGCCUCUCGCCAUCGGGAGACGACAUUCAGGUCUCUCUUGCCUCAGAAGAAGAUGACGGCCAUGCCGAAGAGCCCGCCGAAGAGAACUGCCACUUCCAUGCCGGAGUCGAGCACUGCGUUGGCGCUGGCGAGUCGGAGAGUGGAGGUACUCGCAGCUGCGAGCGGACUGACCGCGAGUACAAUGUGCCCCUGAGAGUCGGCCUCUUGUUUGCCAUUCUCAUCACCAGCUCUAUCGGCGUUUUUGCGCCCAUCGUCCUGGCCAAGUACCUGGACACGAGAGCAAACACCCUUCUCCUGGUUGUCAAGCAGUUCGGCACGGGCGUCAUCAUGUCGACCAGUCUGGUGCAUCUGUUCACGCACGCCGAGCUCAUGUUUGGCAACGAGUGUCUAGGGGGGCUGCAGUACGAGGCCACCACGGCUGCCAUCGUCAUGGCCGGGCUCUUCCUCUCCUUUCUCGUUGAGUAUCUCGGCUACCGCGCCGUCAAGUGGCAGGCCCGCAGGAAGGCAGGCUCGAUGAUGCCGACGCCUGAAGGCCUCAAGUCGAUCGAGAUGGUCAGCAUCUACGUCAUGGAAGCCGGCGUCGUCUUCCACUCGAUAAUCAUCGGCGUCACCCUGGUCGUAGCCGGCGACAGCUUCCUGCUGACCCUGUUCGUGGUCAUCGUAUUCCACCAAAUGUUCGAGGGCCUCGCGCUGGGCAGCCGCAUCGCAGCGCUGGGGACGGGCCAGGCGAACCCGGUCCUGUCCGUCCUCGGCCACUCGCACGGUCCCAGUCACGGUCACAGCCACGGCUAUACUAAGGCUCCGGCGGGAAGCGAAGAGGAGACCAUUGCUACUACGAAGCACGAUGGCGGCGGACACACCGCGCAGCAUGGAGAGAAUGGAACGGCGCUGUUCCGCGUAUCCAUGGCGAAGAAGAUCUCGCUCGCCGUCGCCUUUGCGCUGGUCACGCCCCUCGGCAUGGCCAUUGGCAUUGGCGUGCUCGGCGUUUUUAAUGGCAACGAUCCGGAGACCAUUGUGGCCAUUGGCACGCUCGACGCCUUCUCGGCGGGCAUCCUGCUGUGGGUUGGCGUGGUCGAGAUGUGGGCUGCCGACUGGGUGUUUGGGGGCGGCAUGACGGAGGCCAGCUCGCUGAUUACCUGCUUGGGUCUGGGCGGGUUGGUGUCUGGUAUGGUGAUCAUGAGCGUGCUGGGGAAGUGGGCUUGA